AUGCCUACCGUUUCUGUUAAAAAACAACAAUUGUUUGAUUUACUUGGUAAGAAUUACACCAACGAUGAAUUUGAUGAAUUAUCCUUUGAGUUUGGUAUCGAAUUAGAUGAAGAUACUACCGAAGAAGCUUUGAAACUUGGUGAAGAACCAGAGUAUAAGAUUGAAAUCGGUGCCAAUCGUUACGAUUUGCUAUGUAUUGAAGGUAUUGCGCAAUCCUUAAAUGAAUACUUAGGCCAAUCUGAAACUCCAAAGUAUAAAUUAUCUAAACCAACUACUAAAUUAAUUGUUGACAAAGAAACAGAGCUUGUCAGACCAUAUUGUGCAUCAGCUGUUCUUAGAAAUAUUAAAUUUACCAAAGAAUCUUAUGCAUCUUUCAUAGAUCUACAAGAUAAAUUACACUCUAAUUUAUGUAGAAAUAGAACAUUGGUUGCUAUGGGUACCCAUGACAUGGAUACAGUACAAGGCCCAUUUCACUAUCGUGCUUUGCCACCAAAAGAUAUCAAAUUUAUCCCAUUAAACCAAACUAAAGAAUUUCGUGCUGAUGAAUUGUUAGAAUUUUACAAGACACCAGAACAAAAGAAUAAUCUGGGUCGUUUCGUUCAUAUCCUUGAAGGUAAGCCAGUUUACCCUCUAAUUACUGAUGACAAUGAUGUUAUUUGCUCUAUGCCACCUUUAAUUAACUCUGAACAUACCAAAAUUACCUUAGAUACCAAAAAUGUCUUCAUCGAUAUUACUGCUACUGAUAGAACAAAGGCAGAGAUUGUCUUGAACAUUUUGGUUUCCAUGUUUUCUCGUUAUUGUGCCGAUCCUUUUACCAUUGAACCUGUUGAAAUUGUGUCAGAACAUAAUGGUGAAUCACGUAUGCUACCAGAUUUAACUGAAAGAAAGAUGCAGGUGUCUAUUCCAUACAUCAAUUCAUGUUUAGGCUUGGAACAAACUGCUGAAGAAAUUUCUGCUUCUUUGAAGAAGAUGUCUUUGCACUCAGUUCAGUCUAAAGAAGACAAAAAUAUGUUAGAUGUUUCUAUUCCAAUCACAAGACCAGAUAUUUUGCAUCCAUGUGAUAUUAUGGAAGAUGCUGCAGUCGGUUAUGGUUACAAUAACCUACCAAAGAGUGAAAAGAUGUCUAAUGCUAACUUUAUUUCUUCUCCUCUACCAGUUAAUAAAAUUUCUGAUAUUUUCAGAGCUGCAUCAGCUCAAGCUUCAUGGUUAGAAGUUAUGCCAUUAACUUUAUGUUCUCAUGAUGAAAAUUUCAAGUUUUUAAGAGUUGAAGAUGACAAUACUAAUGCUGUCAAAUUAGCCAACCCUAAAACUUUGGAGUAUCAAGUUGUCAGAACCACUUUAUUACCCGGUAUUUUAAAAACCGUUAAAGAAAAUAGAAAACACACUUUACCAAUUAAAGUUUUUGAAACUGGUGAUGUAGUUUUUAAGAAUGAAAAAUUAGAGAGAAAGGCUUACAAUGAACGUCAUUGGGCUGCCAUUUAUGCUGGUAAGACAUCUGGUUUCGAAAUUAUUCAAGGUCUAUUGGCAAAAGUCAUGCAAACUUUCAGAACUCAGUGGCUUCCAGAUUUUGGUGCUGGAUCAACUGGAAGAGGUUACUGGAUCGAAGAAGAUGAAUCACUAACUACUUACUUCCCAGGUAGAGGUGCCAAGGUUAUGUUUAGAUCAAAAGAAGGCGAAAAGUCCAUUGCAAUCGGAUCUUUAGGUGUAUUACAUCCUGAAGUUAUGAAGAACUUUGAUGUCCCUUAUGCUGGCUCCUUUGUUGAAUUGAAUACUGAAGUUUUUUUGUAA